AUGGCGGAGCGCGAAAAGAAAAAGUCGAUAGUGAUUGUCGGCGGUGGCAUCAUCGGCUGCACAACUGCUUAUUUCCUCACCCGUCAUCCGAAAUACAAUCCAGACUUGCACUCGAUCCAUCUGCUCGAGGCUACCGGGAUCGCCAGCGGUGCGUCGGGGAAAGCUGGUGGCCUGCUGGCUUUGUGGGCGUACCCGUCGUGCCUGGUGCCGCUCAGUUUCGGGCUCCACGCUGACCUCGCAAAGGAACACGGAGGUGAGCAGAGAUGGGGCUACAGGGGCGUGGGUGUUGGGCAAGUCGAGUUGAAGGGGCGCCAUGUUAGUAGCCAGGCGAAGGUGAUGACCCACCAAGGCCCGGUGGACGGUGAAGCGACUGGCAACGCGUCGAGCAAAGGUGAGGAUAUCAGGGGAGUGCAUCGGCCGGAUGUCGCCAGCGACGGCAACGUCGAUCCCACCCGCGUCAGCCUGCAGAAGCGCAGCAAGGAAUCAUACAACAAUCUCCGGGGCAUGGGACUGCCGGACGAUCUUGACUGGCUGGCGGAAGAAUGUGUCAUGGGAUACGACUCGAUGGGCUCGCCCAGGGACACCGCGCAGGUCCACCCAUACCAGUUUACCACGUCGAUGGCGAAGCUUGCAGAGGAAAAGGGUGCCCGGGUUAUCAUGGGCAGCGUCAGCAGGAUCCAGCCUGCGUCUCCGGAAGGCGGCGAGCAUACAAUUCAAUACACCGACACCUCGACACACGAGGCAAAGUCCCUCCGCGCGACAGAUGUUAUCAUCACCGCCGGCCCGUGGACGAAGACGGUCUGGCCAGGGUCCCCGAUUGGCGCACUGCGCGCCCACAGCGUGACCAUCCGCCCGUCGCGCCCCGUCAGCGCAUACUGCCUGUUCACGUCGCUCUCGCUGCCCAAGAACUUCAAGGACGGAGCGAAAUCGCGCGCCAGCCACGUCACGCCGGAGAUCUAUGCCCGGCCCAACAACGAAAUCUACGCGUGCGGCGAGGGCGAUCACCUGGUGGCCCUGCCCAAGUCGACGGCUGAUGUGCAGGUCGACGACAGCCGCUGUCAGGACAUCGUCGACUACUGCGCCAGCAUCUCCGACGAGAUGCGUGACGGCACCGUUCUGGUCCGCCAGGCGUGCUACUUACCGCAGGUCGAGACGGGAGGAGGCCCGUUAGUGGGCCCGACGCCCGUGAAGGGCGUCUAUAUGGCGGCGGGACAUACUUGCUGGGGCAUACAGAAUGGGCCCGGCACGGGGAAGCUGAUGAGCGAGUUCAUCUUCGAUGGGAAGGCGGUGAGCGCUAAUGUGAAUUCUUUAGAUCCUAGGAAGGUGUUGAGAUAG